AUGUUUAAGAAUAAUGUUCCUGACCAUGAGCUAAAUGUGGAAGCCAUAAUUAAAAACAUUAACACAAUUUCUUCAGAGUUGAAGAAGAUGAAAGAGCUCUCCCAGUUGCUGCUUUGCGACCUUACUUUACAUUUUAAUCAUCCUGUGAAGACAGAUGACUUACAGGAACCAGAAGGGAAAACCCCCCUCUUUGAAGAAUCUAAAAUAUCAGAUGUAUCCUUUGCUUCUACCAGUUUUUCUAUCUGA